AUGGCUGCCAGCACAACAACCCCAUUCAGUUCCACAUCUGCUACCAGCAGCACUACAGUUUUAAGCACAACAACCUCAGUCAGUUCCACACCUGCUAUUCCCAGCACAACAGUUUUCAGCACAACAAAUCCAAUCAGUUCCACACCUGCUACCCCCAGCACUACAGAUUCUUCCACAAGUGGUAUUGUUGGGUUGAGACUGAAAGUCACCACAGGCUUAAAUUUAACAGACACCAACCACCAAAAGAUCUUUUUACAACAGCUCAUUGAUGAACUAAGCAAGAGAGGACUGCAAAAUUCUGUCAGAGUGAAAGUGAAGCAAGUUCAAAAGAUGAGCCCAUGAUUGGGUGAUACAUAGUACAUAGGACCAAAUUCUCAUAUUAUAGUGUAAAUAAUAUAGUGUAGUUAUUCCUACAGUUUGAAAUAUUAUAAAUCAAAAUCACAGAUCUCCUUAUAUGUUUCAGGGACAGAACAGCCCCACCCAUUAAAAAUACUUGAUACUUGAUAAAUUGUAUUUAAAAAAGCUAAACAGCAGCUACUUACACAGGUACAGGUGCUAUCUGCACCCAAACCACGUGAUCAGUAACAUGAGUGAGGUCGGCAGAGGAGAGUUUAAACUAACAGUGAAUGGUAUGAUCCACUUUAGGGGUGUGAAAUUGUAUUACAGGAUUCUCUCAGGCAUGGCUACUGUACAUUUAUUUUUUACCCUCUUUAGGAGGGUCAGACCCUGUUUGUCUAAAUGAACCUCAUUAUCAAUGUGGGACAGUCAGUUAACAAUUAUUUGUGAUUUUGUUUAUGUGAAAAGGUUUUGUGUGGUUAUAAACUCUUUCAUUGUUUAUGUAAUUGAUGUGUUGUUCUGUAUCUGAACUUAAUCAGGAUGUGGGUAUUUCUGAGUAAAUGCAUGACAGGCAUUCCUAAAAUGCUUGAGAAUGGCAGAAAUGCUGUUUUAGACCAUGAUUUAAAACCAGUUUAGUGCACUGCUGGAAAUGCCACGGUUUUCAUGCCUGCUAGACUCUGUGGUACAGAACUCGGACCUUUCCGUUCCCGUCUAUGGACAAACUCUGAUCCUGCACUACAGUUCCCAGCAUGCAUUCGCCAGUGUCACAUGUUCAGACUCAACCAAUCCCAUCUCACUUCACGCUUAUACCCGAAAUAUUUUCAUCUGCUUAUGUAUAUAAAAGCCUGUUUGUAAUGCUUGUUUAUUAGUAGUUUACAGAGCUUUUUUAUUCUGAUUGUAUUUUCUGUGUAUGACCUGUAUUUUCUCUUUGACUGCAUUUUGCCUUGCCCUUCUGCUUUAUUUAUAUUUGUAAUUUUCUGGCUUGUUGAACAUACGGUUACUUUAUUGGUUUGUAAUUUGGCUCUAAAGUUUUUUCACACUGUCUCUCUGGUUUUGACCCACGUCUGUGUUACGACUACGCUCUUUGUUUAUCUUCCUUGUAAUAAAGCCUCAUUUAGAUUUUA